AUGAAACUAAUAAUAAUAUUAUUAUUGUUAUUUUCAAUUUUUUUAAUCAAAGUAUCAGUUUCAUAUGAAUUUUUAAUAAAUUACGAAUCAAAUAUAGAAUACUCGAAUGGGGAAUGUGGAGGGCCGAUAGAUUUAAAUGAUCAAAUAAAAUAUCCACCUUGUAAAAAUAUAUCAGAUGCUGCGAAAAGGUCAAAGAAAAUAAUAAAUAAUAAUUCAGAUUUAAUAUUUUAUAUUGUAAAAACAAAUCAAAUUAUAAAAGAAACCAUGUACUUUAGUUUAAUAGACUAUUUUGAAAAUAUCAAAAUUGUAGUGGUAGAUAGUCAAAAGAAUAUAAUAAAUAAACCGUCUCAAGUAAUCAUCGAUGGCCAAAUAACAGGAUUUCACUUUAUAAAUUUGACGAAUAAUAAAAGGAAAGAAAAUAAUUUAAAUCAAACUGUAUAUAUUAGUGGGUUCAAAUUUAUAAAUUUUAAUAUUGGAUAUAGAGUUUUAAUAUCGAAAAGUUACAAUAGGUUAAUAGAGUUUAAUAAUGUCCAUUUUUACAAUUGUACUUCCUUGUUUUCAAAUUAUGCAGUAAAUGUUAUGUCCUUCAAUGAAAAUAUUUCAGAGGAUUUUGUGAUGAACAACAUCAUAUUGGAAGAAACGAUGGUUCCCAACUGGUAUACACAAUUUAAAAAUAUAACAAUUCUAAAUAGCUCUUUUUUAAGCAUCUAUGGAAAUAUAAUAUCAGGAAAUUCUAAAUAUUUCAAAAUAUAUAAUUGUACUCUUUCAAAUAACGAAAUGGAUAUUGAACAAGCACUCAUUGCAAUUAAAAAUAAAAAUGGAAUUGUAGAAAUAGAUAAUUGUAAAUUUAUAAACAACACCAUAUCCAGGGUUUUUUUUGGGGGGGAUAACCAAAUAGAGGGACAGCUAAAUGUAACGAUUUCAAAUAGCAUUUUUUUAGAUAACAACUUUUUCCGGGGCGACCUAAAUCAUCCCAACUACUUUUUAACCAUGGUAUCAAUGAAGGAUGGAUAUUACAUUAACUUUCGAGAUACUGUCAUAGAUAGAAAUAUAAUAAGCGAAACAACGGGUGGUUUAAUUUUAGUGAGUCAAACAAAAGGUUAUGGUUAUAUCAAUUUCGACAACUUAAAAAUUAGUAGUUACAACUUUAGUUAUCCGAUAUGUGCCUCCAAUACUAUCAUAAAUUAUAUUAAUACUCUAGAAUUUAAUAACAAAUAUAUUGAUGGUACAAACAACUCUAUUCAUAUUAUAGAAGACAGGAAACCAUUUUUAGAUACCAAAAUUUUAAUAAUAAUAAUUGCUGCUGUUUUGAUAGUUGUAUUAAUUUCAAUAUCUGCAAUAAUAAUAAUUAAAAGAUUUAAAUUUAUAAAUUAUUUUAAUAAUUAUAAAAAGAAAAAAAAUGAUAUUAAAAAUAAAAAUAACAAAAAUAAUAAUAAUAACAAUAAUAAUAAUAAUAAUAAUAAUAACGAUGAUAAUUAUACCAAUGGCCCAAUAAAUGACUUUCUCCAAAACCAUGGCUCAUCCGAUAAUAUUACAACCAUAAGUGACUCUUUCUCAAGUAUUAAUUUUGAUGAAAAAGACUCUGCGAUCGUUGAUAAUUAA